CAUAAACAUUAAUUCGACAUGAUAAUGGCAUUUGAUAUGAAAAGAAGCAAGAUCACUAUGGCUAUUAGGCUAUUAUUAUCAGAGCUGUUCAGCUGCAGGGUGAAGAUAAAUAUUUGAAACAGUCUACUUUAUAUCAUCCUUAUAAAACACCUGUUACAUGUCUCAUUUCUGGACCAUACAGGUAUUUUUGUUUUUGUUCUUUGUAUAUCAGUCAGUGUUGGUCUUGUUUGGGUUGUAUGAUUUCAUGUUAUAUACACAUUGUUAAUUCACAUAUUAGGCCUAAUAUCUACCUACUGUAUAUUACACAUCACAACCGAUUUGGUAGCAAGUCUGUUCUCUCAGCCAAUAAUCAAAUCUUUAACUCAGUGAAUAAUCUUUGAUCCUUCUUGUGAAAACACUACACAUGGGCAAAAGUUGCAUGAGAGCAUGACUAAACGGGUGACCGAAAACCCAUCAUCUCCUCCACAGAACUCUUGGCUUAAAAGCACGUGUGUAAAUGGCAGGACAGCUGAGCCCAAUUCCCAAUGCGCUCUAAGUCCUCGUGGUGGCGUAGUGACUCGCCUCAAUCUGGGUGGCGGAGGACGAAUCUCAGUUGCCUCCGCAUCUGAGACCGUCAAUCCAUGCAUCUUAUCACUUGGCUUGUUGAGCACGUUACCGUGGAGACAUAGCGCGUGAAGGCUUCACGCUACUCUCCGCAGUAUCCACGCACAACUCACCACGCGCCCCACCGAGAGCGAACCACAUUAUAGCAACCACGAGGAGGUUACCCCAUGUGACUCUAUCCUCCCUAGUGACCGGGCCAGUUUUGUUGCUGAGGAGACCAGCACGCUCUGGAUUUGAACUCGUGACUCCAGGGGUGGUAGUCAGCAUCUUUACUCGCUGAGCUACUCAGGCCCCCUUGGGAUCUCAUCUUUGAUGGAUUGGCCUAAAUAUUACUUGGAAGAAAUUAUCCCUUUUAAUCUCAAGCACUUUUCAACAAAACAAGGCGAUUUUCCAGUGGACCAGAAGGUAAAAUCACUGUCUUCAUUGUCAGCAGUGUAUUAUGGGAAAAAAGGAGAGGGAGGAAGCAGCAAAAACUGCUAUGGACGCAAUGGCAGUCCCACCUACAUCUCUGUUCCUAUAGGGACAAUAGUGAAGGAGGAGGGGGGAAUAGUGGCAGACCUCUCGCAGCACGGCCUAUUGUAUACUGCUGCAUAUGGAGGAGCAGGAGGCAAGGGGAACCGCUUCUUCUUGUCCAAUGAAAACAGAGCUCCGAUGACGGCCACACCAGGAGAGAAGGGACAGGAACGAGUCGUUCAGCUGGAGCUGCAAACUGUGGCCCACGCAGGACUGGUUGGGUUUCCAAAUGCAGGGAAGUCAUCUCUGUUACGUGCCAUCUCUAAUGCCCGGCCAGUGGUGGCAGCGUACCCCUUUACCACACUGAACCCUCAUGUGGGCAUUGUCAAGUACAGGGACCAUGAGCAGGUGGCAGUGGCUGACAUUCCAGGGCUGAUUCCAGGUGCUCAUCUGAACCGCGGGCUUGGCAUCUCUUUCCUGCGGCACAUUGAGCGCUGUCGUGUCCUGCUGUACGUGUUGGACAUGUCUUUACCAAAUCCGUGCGAGCAGCUGCAGCAAUUGAGCUUUGAGCUGGAACAGUACAAACCUCACCUGUCCUGCAGACCUCACGCCAUCGUGGCCAACAAAAUGGACCUGCCCAACACUUGGAAGAAUCUGAAAGCUCUGAGGAGCCAUGUCCAUCAGCGGGUCAUUCCCAUUUCUGCACUAACUGGGGACAACACAGAAGAACUGAUCCUACACCUGCGACAGCUGUACGAUAGCCACGCUCAGAGCAGCAGUAACUCUAGGCUGUUACCACGGAAGACAUAGACUUUUGAAGAGAACUUUAUGAGGAUGACAAUUUAUUUUGAUGUACUGAAUAAUUGGAAUGGCUAUGCACAAAGAGUUGAAAGGAUUAGUUCACCCAAAAAUUUAAAUUCUCUCAUAAUUUACUCGCCCUCAUGCCAUCCCAGAUGUGUAUGACUCCCAGAAGUGCGUUAGCAAGUUCAAACAAGAACUGACGGAAACAAAAACGGAAGUGCAGUGUUGUUUACAACAGAGGAUUAUAGAGAGUCAUACGUAGUUGCCUCAUUUGGCUGGUUUGAAUACGUCAACUGUGGCUCCAUCCUGGAGCGGUGAACAAGGAGAGCUGUUUGAAUCAGUUUGAAUGCAAGUGAGUGGAGUAGAUGCCUCAGACCGCUGCAUAAACUCCUUUUGUGUCGAAAAAGUACUGCAGCCCAUAGAAACAGCUGCUAAUAAGGGAUCUACAUAUGAAUAUCUAUGCAGAGGAGGCUUACGCCACACCAGAGGCAGUUUGAACUCCACCCUCUUCAACGUACAAACCUCAAGCUGGCAGGAAGUGAACAUUUUUAGUAAAAACGUUUUAAAUAUUGAUCUAUUUCUUACACCUAGCAUUUCUCUUCAGAAGACAUUUAUUGGACCACUGGAAUCAUAUGGAUUAUUUUUAUGAUGGCUAAAUUUGGCACCCAUUCACUUGCAUUUUAUGGACCUACAGAGCUGAAAUAUUCUUCUAAAAAUCUUCAUUUGUGUUGUGCUGAAGAAAGUAAGUCAUACACGCCUUGGAUGGCAUGAGGGUAAAUAUUUUCAUUUUUGGGUGAACCAUUUUUCUUUUUGAUUUGUAACUAGUACAACCUAAUAAACAUGCAAACAAAAAAACAAAAAAAGCUAUGUGUAUUGGGAAAAGCACAAAUUUGUUUUGACUUAUGUUACAAUAUCCCAUUUAUAA